AUGGUGCAGUUCCGUGUCUUUCUUGGGGCUCCUCUUACUUCAGAUCUCGCCAGAGACCCGAGUUCUUACGUCUGGAAAACGAUGGAAAGCACACCGACACCCUUCUCACCGUCUUACGUCCCGCCCCACGACCCCACCCUGGUGUAUCCUACCGCAACACUCGACGAAGCCAGCAGACGAAUAUCUCUUCUGUACCAGAACAUCAUUUUCGAGGAUGCAGACGACGAGGACGGGGAAUGGAUUGAUGAUAGCGAGUCUGAUGGCGCGGGCGGGGAGAUACUACUCACACAGGACGAUAUUGAUGGUUUUGAUUUUGAUAUUGCCACCACCACCACCACGUUCCUUACGUCAUGGGCCCCGACUCCAGCAGCAACCCUCGAAGAAAAGCGUAAAUGCUGCGGCAUCGGCAUCGGCAUCUGGUUUUCUUCCCUCCUUCCUCCUCACGUCGCAGUCUCAGCCACUGCAGGCUACAUUCGAAACGCAAGAAACGGCAUUAGCCUGCACACUAUCACCUCUCUUUUGUCUCUUGGUAGCGCUGCGGUUGAACAACAUCAAAAUCAAAAUCAAGCGCAACAAAGGAGGGCGUACAAGGUCAAAGUCCUUGUUGACAUCCUCGAAGUCGAAGGCCCCGACACCGUUGAAGUGAAGACUGGGCCGUGUGCAGGUCAAGAAGUAUCGAUACUCAAACUGCUAUUUGGGGACGAGGAGGGAUGCGUGUGCGGCCUGACGUGGACCUACAACUACAACCACUACAACCACUACAACCACCAUCACCACCACCACCAUCACCACCACCGCCACCGCCACCGCAUCCAAGCCAUCACCAUCUUCUACCAAUGUCACUUUAUCGCAUCCCCUCAAUGCGCCCUGCUUCUCGGGCUCAAAUCUGCUACCCGGCACUACCAACCGCUCGUACUGACGCAUGACUGUGACCGGAUCUUCGGUUGGGCUAUAGCGAUGCAGCCGUACGGCGCGUCGGGGUACUGGGAAAGUGGUUUGAAGACGUCGCAGGAGUUGGAGUUGGGCAUUCUUGUGGAAGGUAGUGGAAUCGACGAAGGUGACAGUCCCUUUGACGGACUCGACGAAGCCGACAAUGAGGUUGGAGCUCAACCCACCACGCCAAUGGACGACACCGAUGACAUGAUGUCGGAGAAUGCCACAGCGAUUACCAAGAACGCUGCAGCCGUCGGAGCCAAUCCCGGUUUUGCAAAUGGUGCUGGAAAUGUCUCCGGUGGGGCAAUGCUGCAGUUGCAUGUGAUGUCCCGUGGCGGUGGACUGGGCCCGAUCAUUGCGCAGAUACCUCCGCCAGCGUCGAUUGAGAACCCGGUUAUGCCGGCAACCUACGAGCCGCAAGCAUUUGGAGGCCAAUUUUUUGCCGGCCAGCAUCGCCUGCAGCAACCCCUGGAUAAUGACAAGGUCCCUGCGUGGACUAAUACGUUUGCAAAUACUACUGCGGCAUUCCAUCAGCAAAUGCAACAUCACCCGAUGAUCAGUCAUCCUGUCCAUACGCCGUUGUCUGUUGCUGAUCAUGCGCAAAUUUUCGAGAACUCGAAGAGGCAGCAUCAGCAGCUCUUAGCUAUGCAUCAACAUCAACAAUCUCAGCAGUAG